AUGUCUGCCUGUCCAUCUCGUAUUAAGACUUGCGAGACCUGCGCAGCGGCCAAGAUCCGGUGCACACGCAAAGCUGCCUCAGCCAUCUGCGACCGGCGAGUCUUCACCCGAUUGGAUAUCCUCCACGCUGACGCUAAUCCCCCCAGUUGUCUGCGCCCGAAUAAGUCUUGCUAUUUUCGCCCUGCUCGUCUGCGGCAGAGAUGCCACAAGAAAAAAACGUACGCGAUUUAUCACUUCCUGCUUCCUUGUUGGAGCGCUGACUGGGACAGACGCCUCGAAUCACUGGAGAGGAAAGUCGCAGAACUGCUGGGCCAGAACCAAGAGAAGGAUGGCGUCCAAGACAGUAAGAAGGGCGACAUUGUCGACAGAGAUGUCAUCACACUGGACGAGGCUGCGGGACUCCUCGACUCAUUUCGUCAUUCCAUGCUCCCACACUUCCCAUUCGUCGUUCUUCCCCCAGACAUCACCGCCGGAGAGCUUCGAGACCACAAACCGUUCCUAUUUCUCGCCAUCCUCUCGGUCUCCGCAACCGACAACCAGACGCUACAACGGGAUCUCGACGAUGAGAUGAGAUCUGCCUUGGCCGACCGCACCGCCCUAGGGCCAGUUCAGCCGUCUUUAGAGACCAUGCAGGGACUGCUUGUAGUUCUUUCAUGGUCGCAGCACCAGUCCCAGCACCACCCCAAGCGACGGUACCGGCCCCAGGGUUUCUUCACCUACCUCCAUAUCGCCAUUGGACUGGUCGUGGAGCUGGAGUUGGAUCGACCGGUUGAUCUGCGUAAGGGCUCUCCUCGUAUGACCGUCCAGACAAUCACGACGCAAGCACAGCCAGCGGCUGUCCUCCGCGCCCAGCAGAGGGCAGCAAUCGGCUGCUUUCUGCUGUCUUCAUGCUCCAGCCUCAUCACCCAAAAAAAGUGUACUUUUCCUUGGUCCUCUCACCUGGAAGAUUUCGCGACAGAGCUAGCUCAGAGUCCUGAAGUCGCCAGCGAUCGGUCUUUGAUCCAUCUCGUCCGACUACAGCAUAUCGCCGAGCAGAUUGAUAGGAUCUCCGCUGAUUCUAAUUUCCUGGGAACAAAUAGGGUUGGUACAGGGAGCAAUACAGACUCGUUUCUGCAUACAUUCCAGGCAUUUCAAACGCAGCUGCAGGACUAUACCACCCUGCUUAGCCCACAAUGGACGCACAACAACUCUCUCCUAGCAUCACAGCUGCACACAGUCAACCUGUACCUCUGUCAAGUCACCCUCUUUGAAAAACAGUUCACCUCUCAGCUCUCCUCGAGCUUCCGAGUAGACAUCCUCUGCCAAGGCCUCAUUGCAGCCAAGAGUUCGCUCGAUGCCCUGCUAUCAAGCCCACUGGGCACAGAGCGGCGGUUGAUCUACACCCAAUGGCUUCACUCCGGAUUCAACCUCAUCUUGUCCUGUCUGUAUAGAGCGCCAGCUCCUGAGAGUGCAACUCUCGCACCCGAAGACGACAGGAUUUGA